AUGAGUGGUUUAGAUUGUAUGGCUACAGAAGAUAGAGAGUUUGAAAUAGAUCUUGAAGGUGGUGAUUAUACUAGCGAAGAUGAUCUGAGCAGUGAAUCUGACUCGACAUCGAAACCACAUGUUAGGAAAGCUAUCAGUAGGCUUCGGAGUGGGUUUCUGUGCACUAAUGGAUCUAUAAAUCAAGGGUGUAGCUUUGCUUCCAGUAGUAAUUCCACCAAGCUCAAUAAGCUUGGUGUUGAUGAAAACGUGGAGUUGUUGAUAGACAAGAGUUUAGAUGGAGAAAAGAGACGAGAACUCGGAGCUCUUGCAGAGAAGAAGAAGAACGUUAAAGAGACGAUUAAGAACAAUGGAAAGCUUCACAAGCCACCACGACCUCCAAGGGGUCCGUCGUUGGAUGCUGCUGACAGAAUCUUUGUUAAAGAGAUGACUCAAUUGGCAGUGAAAAAGCGUGCCGCGGUCGAGAGAAUACAAGCUUUGAAGAAGAUGAAAGCAGAGAAAACAUCUUCAUUCUACAGCAACUUACCUGCUUUGUUUAUCACAUUGCUUUUCUUUGUAUUCAUCAUCUUUCAAGGAAUGAGUGUUAAUGGUAGCGCAAUCAUGUUCGAGUCUCCCGUGCCUUCCAGUAGCAGAAGUGCAGGCUUGAUACCUCUUCAGCAUUCGUCUAAAUCUUUCCCGAAUGUUAACGUACCGCAAUCCCUCAUUCUCGAUUUUGCAGGUUUGAAGAACCACUCCUUGAAAACUGAAGAUCUUGGGGGAAGGCUUUAG